AUGAUCGCUCCCUCAUCACAUUUGAUUCAUUUCCAGCUCAUUCACACACAACGGCUAUUGAACGCCUCGCCGCGAAUAUCCCGUGAAUUACUCCAGAGCUUCAUCACUCGCAACUUGAGUACUGCUCAAUUGGCGUAUCAACCCCCUUCCAUCGAUAAUAUUGAGGAUGUUGAGAACUAUCGAAGGGGUGGAUUUCACCCUGUCCAACUGGGCGAUGCUUUUUCUCAUGGAAGAUACCGCGUGCUGCACAAAUUAGGCUUCGGAGGAAGCUCAACUGUGUGGUUGGCCCGGGAUGAACAAUCGCAACGACUUGUAUCCCUAAAAAUUCUUACGGCGGAGAGAUCAAACACUUGCCCCGAACCUGAAAUCCUUCUUCAAAACAAACCAUCUCACACAUCGGGUCAUGAAUACAUCUUGCCACUGCAUGAUUGCUUUCACACAGAGGGGCCUAAUGGCCGUCAUACCUGCCUUGUAUCACGGUUUGCUGGCCCAAGUUUAAGUCAACUAUCAGAAUCACCCGGCCAGCCUGGAGGAUGUCGCCGCCUGCGAGGCCAUGCCGCACGCCAAAUUGCAAAACAGCUAGGGCUGGCUGUAGAAUUUUUACACUCUCAGGGUGUCGUUUAUGGAGACCUCACCGCAUCAAACAUUCUUUUCCAGCUGGCCGAUGUCAAAUGGUCAGAUCAAGAUAUAGCAAAGCAAUUCGGGCCUCCAGUCACAGAAAGUCUACGCCCCCUUUCUGCAGAACAGAGCGUUUGCGCGCCGGAACUUUUGAUCGCGCCCCUUCGGAUCUCGGACCUUGACACCCGCCAUUUCACCGGGAACAUUCAACUGAUCGAUUUCGGGGAAUCUUUUCUAUUAAAUUUCCCCCCGGCCACGGGGGCCAGGACACCAUUCUCGUAUCUUGCUCCUGAGGGGAUAUUUGAUGCUAAGGCUAGCGUAUGGACCGAUCUCUGGGCGCUGGGAUGCAUCAUCUACGAAAUCCGCGCCGGGACACAGCUGUUUGCUUCCUUUUUUGGCGGACCAGACGAGAUACUUCGGCAAAUCGUCCAGACGUUUGGAAAAUUACCGGAACCCUGGUGGAGUACCUGGACAACGCGCCAGACUUAUUUCAACAACGAUGAUGGAAAGCCGAGGGAUUCAUGGCCGAAUGGAAUACCACUGGCAGUGGAGUAUUCACUGGACCAGCAGGUUAGGGAUAUUGGGGCGGAAGACGGACAGGUUGAUCUGGACUUCUACUCGACACAUAGCUGGCUUGAACGGCUGGGGACGCGCUUGACGUAA